GUGCAAUGGUACGCAUGCGCAGUUUGUGUUGUGGAAAGCGCCAUGUUCCUGUUUCAGCAUGUUUCCGAAUCAUCCCUGCCGUCAGUCACUGCAUAUGAUCUGACAUUAACUGCUGCAGUAAGGGAGCAGUCAUGAGCCCCAGUCCCAGCCCGGGCUCUCCUGUCCCCCUGACCCUCACCGGCAGCCUGCAGAGACUCUUCAGCCAUGUGAAGAUCGAGAAUUUAAUAGCAGGGCUCAGUGGAGGGGUGGUGUCCACACUAGUGCUGCAUCCUCUGGAUCUGGUCAAAAUUAGGUUUGCAGUGAGUGAUGGGCUGGACGUGAGACCGAAAUACAGUGGAAUUCUGCACUGCAUGAAAAGCGUCUGGCAGCAGGAGGGUCUCCGGGGCCUUUAUCAAGGUGUCACUCCAAAUAUCUGGGGCGCUGGAGCGUCAUGGGGGCUUUACUUUUUCUUCUACAAUGCAAUCAAAGCGUACAACAAAGAGGGCAGACAGACAGAGCUGAGUGCCGUUGAGCAUCUGCUGUCAGCAGCAGGAGCAGGGGCGGUGACGCUUUGCCUGACCAAUCCAAUCUGGGUCACCAAAACUCGCCUGGUUCUGCAGUAUAGCACCGAUCCAUCUAAGAAGCAGUAUAAGGGGAUGAUGGAUGCUCUUGUGAAAAUCUUCCGCCACGAAGGGAUCGCAGGACUCUAUCGGGGGUUUGUCCCGGGAUUGUUUGGAACCUCCCAUGGUGCACUGCAGUUCAUGGCGUAUGAAGAGUUGAAGAGAGAUUAUAACAAAUACAGAAAGAUGCAAUCAGAUGCUAAACUGAAUGCAUUAGAAUACAUUACCAUGGCAGCUUUGUCCAAAAUAUUCGCAGUGGCUAUGACAUACCCGUAUCAGGUGGUCCGAGCCCGUCUGCAAGAUCAGCACAACACGUAUGAUGGAGUGGUAGAUGUUGUCCGGAGAACGUUUAGAAAUGAGGGUCUGUUGGGUUUCUACAAAGGCAUGGUGCCCAACCUGAUCCGAGUCACUCCGGCCUGCUGCAUAACCUUUGUGGUCUAUGAGAAUGUUUCCCGCUUCCUCCUGGACCAGCACAAGUGAACCGAGAACGGGAAUAACUGCAGCGGAGCCGUCUGUCAGAGAGCAGAGCUGGACCUGGGAUGGGACGUCCCAUCAGUGACGGUGUUUGACGGCCAUGGAGAAGUCAGAAAUGUAAAUAGAGAGAAAUAACACAUCCUGGUCCUCUCUGGAAAACUGAAGUGCAUGAGGUCACAGAGUUCAGAGUGUAAUUUGUGUCUAACAGGAGACACUGGUCAAGAAACCGAUACUUGUUUGGUUUCUCUACAGCACUGGUGACAUUAUUGUGAAUAUGGACAUGAGGGAUAUAUUACGUGUGGCUGUAAAUUAUAUUCACAUACAGGCUGUUUGUUUUAUCUAAUUAAAAAGUGUUAAAAUCAAACCAGAUUUUAAACUUUUUAUCAAGAGAUAAAAAUGGGUUACGAUAACUAGGGCUGGGCAAUAUCUAAAAUAUCCAUAUUUGUGAA